AUGUCAGAUUCAAAUAAAAACCGGAAUAACUCCGGUCGCAGGGUAAAGCACUCCCGAGGUGGCUGUUCCACCUGCAAACAGCGCAAGAUCCGCUGUCCAGAAAAUAAGCCAAUAUGCAACCGCUGCAUAAGUGACAACAGAGUAUGCAAUUAUGGUAUACAGCUACAAUGGGAGGACGACUCUCGUAAACGCGGUAUCAAACAUGGACGCACGACUCGUGCUGACCGCGUUGCCUUGUCGGCCGCUAAGACGACGACAUGGCUAGGCUUUCCCCGAGGUCAGGGCGGUAGAUAUUUUCUGAAUACAUUUACGUCUGAUAUCGAUGGAAAAUUUGUGGUGCCUGUGAUGCAGGGACUGGAUUUCGAGAGGGACAUGAUUUGGAAGAGAGAUGCGAUGCUUCAUAUUACGCCCACGCGAAUGCCGACGUUGAAUUUCGCAGCUUUGAGGAAUGAAACCCUCGAUAUGGAUGGAAUUCUGUUUGAUUAUUAUGACAGAUCCGUCUCUCACUCUAUAGUACUUCUUGACUCUCCCACAAAUCUUUUCCGCAACCUGAUUCUUCCAUUGGCAACCACAAACGAAACAGUCAUGCACAUGGUUCUUGCUCUGAGUGCAUUGUCACUCGCAGCAACCGGACAAACACAAUAUUACCCCUUGGCACUGCGGCAUAAGCAACGCAGUAUGCGUCUAAUUCGAGAACAAAUUGCGUCCAAUGCUAUUUCUGCCGCGAAUGAUGCGAACGUAAUUGUUAUUCUGAUGCUUUCUGUUUUUGAAAUUUCUGAUAACUGCCAAGUAUCAUGGUCAACGCAUUUAUGCGCUGCAGUUGAUUUGAUGCGUCUAGCUGGUAGUAGAUCUUCUGCUCCGAUGCAGAUCAACUCUCAAGUUAUUGAGUUUGUCUCGAGAUUUUUCCUUGUCAAGGACGCACUGGGGAGAUCGGCGUGUCGCAAAGUUGCCAAAGUGAUGCACGAAGUACCGCCGGUGGACUCCAACGAGAUUGAUCCCUCGAUUGGGUGCUCAUACGAGCUGGUCAAUAUAAUUUCGAGAAUUACGGAUUUGGCAAGAGAUAUGCGAGACCCGGCAGCCAACAAAAGAACAUGGCACAGCGAAACGCGCCAAGUAGAAGAGCAGCUAGAUACACUCAUCCAACUCCUCCCUCCAACAUAUCUCCAGCAUAUGGACGCCUUGAACGCAGAAAUCCUGACCCCACCACCCACAUCCUCCGGUGACCCCAUCGCAAUCCUCCUUAACACCUCCCUUCUAAUCCAAACAGCCGCAAAGCUCUUUUUCCAAGCCACUCUGCGGUCCCUCAAUCCUCAAACACCCCAAGCGCGCUCCCUUAUCACAGAAAUCAUUGGAUAUACCCAACAACUUUCACCAACUCAUCUUCGGUCUGCACAUUUGUGGUCACUGUUCGUCGGCGCGGUGUAUUCAACAGGUGAUGAUGACGAGCGUGUAUGGUUCUUGGAUCAGUUUGAUAUUCUGGAGAAAAAGUCGCAGGGUUUGGUUGCUAGGGGCGUCUUAACAAGAGUAAAGGAGAUUGUGGAUAAUGUGUGGAAGAGGAGGGAUCUGGAUUGUGAUGUUAUUGGUGUUUGGGAGUCGCAAGGGGACAGGAUAGGGGAUUGGGAGAAAUAUGUCCAGCCUUUGAGUGAGGGGUUAUCUUUAGGCUAG